GCCAGAUGCUCUCGAAAGGGAAGGUCAUCGAGAAGUAGGCCGAGACGAGGGUGUCUUAGGGAUAGCCGACCUCUACAGCUCGACACCUCAGCCGUCACAGCUGUCUCGCUAUCCGCUGUGAAAUGGCACACACACCCAGCACCCCCGCCGACCUCCCUACCGAACUCACCAAUAUCAUACCUUCGGAGGUCACAUUCAUACGGGAAUUCAGACGACAUCCGCGCAGCAGGAUUACAGUGGUCUUCUUGGUUAUCAUCCGCAAUAUCAAAUGUGUUAUGAAAGUGUUCCAUAGCGAAUCGAGCGAAUUUUACGAACUUGAGGCCACUGCAUAUCGUCGAUUGACCGAACGAGGCGUAUACCAGACAGGAUUCGUACCCAUGUUCUACGGGUGUAUCGAGCAUAUGGAUCAGAGGGAUUGGCAACCCCAUCUCCACAGAUUUCUAGACGAGGGUCCACCUAACGCGAUUCUCAUCGAGUAUAUCCCUGGAAUCGAACCACUCAGCAUAGAAACUGCCACAAAGGAGCGCAUGGCCAAGUUCACUGAGGGCCUGCAGGCGAUCCAUGAUGCUGGUAUCAUACACUACGAUACGUACGCUAGGAAUAUGAUGGUUGAUCCAAGCAAGUUAGACAAAGUAGUCUGGCUGGAUUUUGACAGAGCCCGAACACUUGAUGAUACACGACUAUCUGACAGAGAGAAGGAGCUUAUAUACGACGAACAGGCAUGUAUGAGGGCGUUUCAGUCACUUGUUGCGGAGGAUCAUGAAAAGAAGGUAAUAAAUCGAAGCAUCAGGUGCUGGUGAUUUUGAUAAUGGACGGAGUCACGGUUUCCCAAAGAGAGGGGGCAAGGGGCAAAGGGGCGUUUACCAGACGUGUGUUUUCGUAUACCAGGAAAUGGAAAAUUUUGUUCCAAUUCAGUCGAUUAGAGAUGUAGCGAUGCAUUUAUACUCGAGGUCGGAUGAACACCACGGCUCGGGUAAGUAGCGGGUAUGCUCGGGUCGGAUGAGGAGAGAAGGGGCGCCGUAUAAUUCUGACGUCUUGGCACAGUUACACAG